CUUAUGUGGAAGUUAAAAACUGUAAAGAGGAGACAUCACUAUCAUCGGAAAAUAAAAAAAUAAAUGGACUCAACUACUCUCCAGCAAGUCUUUUAGAAAAGAUAAAUUUAAACGUUAUGAAGACGUCAAUAUUGACCUCUUACGUUCUACAGGUUUUCGAAAACCAUUUGUGAUUGAAAAAAAAGAGGAAACAACUUUUGUUGCAUUAGAUAUGAAGAUGCCUUCUAGUGAUAUUACUGUUCAUGAUAUCGCAGGCUUAGUUGGAGGAUAUGAUGUUCAUGUAGAUGUUAUUGAUGUAGAGUUACAGUCAGAGAUAACAGAUUGGACAAUGCGUCACUGGGCUGACUAUUUUGAUACUCACCCUGAUAAAAGAAAUCGUAUUUUAAAUGUUAUUAGCUUAGAAAUCAGUGGUACAAAAUUAGCUAAACAAAUCAAGAGACCAAGAAUUGUUCGUGAAUUAGACUGGAUUGAUUUGAUGUGGCCAAGGGAUCAAAAAGAUGUUGGGAUUCCAAAGGUUCAGCUUUAUUGUUUAAUGGGCACAAAAGGGUCUUAUACCGACUUCCAUAUUGAUUUUGGUGGAAGUUCUGUCUUUUAUCAUAUCGUGAGUGGAGCUAAAACUUUUUAUCUUAUUAAGCCUACAGUUGAAAACCUAGAACAAUAUCGUAUUUGGUCAUUAUCUGAUGAUUAUUCAACAUUUUUUGGCGAUAAAGUUGAUAAAUGUUAUAUUGUAAAACUCAAGGCAGGAGAUACACUGUUUAUUCCUAGUGGUUGGAUUCAUGCAGUCUAUACACCAGAGGACUCUAUCGUAUUUGGUGGAAACUUUCUACAAUCAUUCAAUAUUCAAAUGCAAUUAAAGGUUGAUGCCAUUGAAGAAAUAACGGGUAUUCCUCCUAAAUUCAGAUUCCCAUACUUUAUGAGAUUGAAUUGGUAUGCCUUAGUCAAAUUUGAAUCAUGGCUUAGUCUUCGUGGGUAUCAUAAUAUAACAUUCUCAAAUUUUGAAUUGGAAAGUAUGGCUGUUUUGGCCUUUUAUUGGAAAAGCAUAAUGCUCGAGGACAGACAUGCUCGAUUAAAUAAACCAAUAUCCCAUUAUCAAAUUCGUUUAUGGAGGAAUAAAUAUGAUAUACCCAAUAUAGUUAAAAAUCCUUUUAGUCUAGUCGAUCGCGUUUUAAUGCUUUCUAUGGGAAUACUUGUUAACAGCCAGUACUAUAAUCCUACUAAAGGAUCAACAUUCAAUAACUUCCUGUCAAAAAGAACACCAACAACGCCUACAAAGCAUAAAACACUUUUUAUUCGACUAAAAGCUACCCAAGAUAAUACUCUAUUAUCUAAUAGAGAUCAAUAGUAUUCUAUAGCUCAAAACUACAACAACAUUCAUAUAGACACUUUGUAAACGAACUUAAAUGGAAUAUAUAUGUAUAUUUAACAAUCAAACUCUAAUUGUGCAUACGUUAAACAAGAAUAAUUAAAGAAUAUAAUUAUAAUAUAUAGUAAAAGCUGUGAUCUGCAUAUAUAGAAAAAGACGCUAUCUGUAGUAACAUCAAUCUAUAAAACUAUACUCAUUAUUAA